AUGUUUUUGUUAACAAAGCUGUUGGUUAAUGCUUUCUUACCACGUUCACAGUCACCCCACAAUUCAAAAAUAUCAAAAAGCUCUGUUUUUCAGGUAGCCACUAGCUGCUGCAACCAUCCUCUAGCACUAAAACCAGUUAGUCCCAACAGCUCCACCAAGGCACCAAUGACAAGGGACACCACCAUUGGUGGUGGUUGUGGCGCUGGUGGUCGAGGCCAUGAGGCUUUAGGCUUUGCAAUACACGUGGUUCGAGGACGGUGGAUCACAAUUUUCUCCUCCUUUUUGGUCAUGGUAGGAGCAGGUGGAACUUAUGUUUUUGGAAUAUACUCCGAAGAAAUAAAAGCCUCUCUGGGUUAUGAUCAAAGCACUCUCAAUCUCGUAGGCUUCUUCAAAGGUCUUGGUACAAAUGUUGGGGUCGUCUCUGGCCUUAUUGCUGAGGUAACACCAACAUGGUGUCUCUUGUUAAUUGGCUCUGCCAUGAACUUUGGUGGCUUCUUUAUGAUAUGGCUUGCUGUCACUGGCAAAACUGCCAGCCCAAAAGUCUGGCAGAUGUGUUUGUACAUAUUCAUUGGAGCCAAUUCUCAGAACUUUGCAAACACAGGAGUUCUUGUCACUUGUGUCAGAAACUUCCCAGAGAAUCGAGGCGUGUUGUUGGGCCUUUUAAAGGGCUUCGCAGGGUUAGGUGCAGCAAUCAUGACCCAAAUUUACUUGGCAAUUUAUGGAAAUGAUGCUACAUCUCUUAUCCUUCUUGUUGGAUGGCUUCCUGCUGCAAUAUCAGUUGUAUCUUUAUAUACAAUACGGGAGAUGAGGGUUGUUAAGCUACCUAAUGAGCUCAGAGUCUUUUAUCAUUUCCUUUUUGUAUCAAUUGUGCUAGCUUUGUUCCUGAUGGCUAUGACCAUAACUCAGAAAUUGGUAGCUUUCUCUUGGGCGGCCUAUGCUGGAAGUGCCACUGUGAUUUGUGCCUUGCUUGUUGUCCCACUUUUUGUUGCCAUUAAAGAAGAAUUAGUCCUUUGGAACCAAAAAAGAUAUCCCAGUAAUCCCACUGCAAUAACCAUUGAAAACCUUUCUGCAAUAGAACGAAAACCAGAAGUGUCCGAGCUGUCCUCUCCUACCAAGGUAGAUGAUACGCCAAAAACAUCCUGGUUUGCUAGUAUAGUCAAUAAACCCAAAAGAGGAGAAGAUUACUCAAUCCUACAAGCACUUCUUAGCAUGGACAUGUUAAUUCUGUUCAUCGCAUCUAUGUGUGGAAUUGGAUCAAGCUUAACUGUCGUAGACAAUUUGGGUCAGAUUGGAGAGUCACUGGGAUAUCCAACAAAAACCAUAAAAUGCUUUGUAUCGCUAGUAAGCAUAUGGAAUUACUUUGGGAGGAUCUUUGCUGGUUUUUUCUCUGAAAACCUACUACAUAAAUACAAAUUCCCCCGGCCUCUUAUGACAACGUUGGUCCUUUUUCUGUCAUGCAUCGGUCACCUACUCAUCGCUUUUCCAGUCCCCGGUUCAGUUUACGUGGCGUCAGUGAUAAUUGGAUUCUCAUUUGGUGCACAAGUCCCUCUUAUGGACGCGAUUGUAUCCGAGCUUUUUGGCCUAAAGCACUACUCUACGUUGUUCAAUUGUGGGCAAUUGGUUACUCCCCUUGCUUCAUACAUACUAAAUGUGAAGGUCACUGGACUUCUUUAUGAUCAAGAAGCAUUGAAGGAGCUUGCAAGGAAGGGAAGGCAGAGAUCAUUGAAGAAACAAUUGACUUGUAUAGGAACUCAUUGUUACAGGCUAUCUUCUAUAAUUUUGGCAGGUGUUACAUGCUUUGGAGCUCUUGCUUCCUUGAUUUUGGUGGCGAGGACUCGGGAAUUUUACAAAGGAGAUAUAUAUAAGAAGUUCAAGGAGAAAGCAGAAGCCGAUGAGAUGGAGAUGGAUUCGCCAUCGGAGGGUGGCGUUAGGACAAAUCACGAGGAGAAAAGCCAGAGAAAAUGAAGAUGAAACAGGGUUUCCGGUAUCUUUUUCUUGGAGUCUUUACUUUUAUUUAAUAUAUAAG